AUGCUUCGAGAAAUCCAAGGCAUUAGAGGGCUGAAAUCUUUGGAAACUGUCGAGAUAGUUGAUGGGACAAAUCUGGGUAAUCUUGAUGGACUCGACAGACUCCACUCCUUGUCAAACUUGAGUUUUUCAGUUUGUGAUGCAUUGGAAAGACUACCUAGUCUAGCGUCCUUGAGCAAGUUAAUCGAGUUCCACAGCUUUCGCUGCCCUCUUCUCACAGAAAUCGAAGGCCUUGGAGGGCUGAAAUCAUUGCAAGUGUUUGAGGUGGAUGGUGCUGAGAGUUUAACUCGUGUCCAUGGCCUUGGAAAUCUCCUAUGUUUCAGAAAGUUGCAAACUUUAAGGAUAUGGAAUUGCCCUCGUCUCACAGCACUAACAUCCCAUGGAUGGCAGCCUGACAGCCAAAUAGUACUCGAAUCCUUGAGAAAGCUGUCCAUCCGUGCAAGUGCAUCCCUACUGCAGAGUAUCUUCAACCAGAUGCUUCAUCUGACAAAGUUUCCGAGGCUUAUGGUAUUGGAACUUGGGGAGAUGGGGGGCAAAAAUGCAGAGGAGUUAUUGCUGGAGGGGCUCGAAGCUCUGGAAGAUCUAGUUACACUGAUGUUGCUUGGCUUGGCCUCAAUCAGAGACUACCUUCUCUGUCAAAGCUAG